AUGUCGGGCAAGUCCUCCUUGAAAAGUCCAAAAACCUCAGCAAAGAAACAGAAAGGUGGAAAGAAAGCAAAGGAAUCUUCAAAAGGAAAACAAACACAGCUUGGUGAAAAAGAUGAAGUUGAUCUUUCUAUGGCCAGUAUAGGCCACCCAGAAAUCUUUCCUUUAGUUUUCACUACAAAGACCCAAGAAAUUUUUAGUUGUCGAGCUGGUGAAGAUGUGACAGAAGAAAAUUGUUUCAAACUCAUUAAAAAAGAGGACAUCAUUCAAGACCUGAAUGCAAGAGCUGCAGUUUCUGAUUUCCACCCCAUCAAAAAAGUAGUCCUGGAAUAUCCAGGGGAAGAACUUCUGGUAGUUUUUGAUGCAAACUUCCAGUACGGACAGAACUUUUACCUUGUUGCUUCUGAGGAAGCCAAGGAAAACCUUCUGAAGCCUCCAGAAAAUGAAGAAGAAAAAGAAGAAGAAAAUGGAGAGGGAACUCUGGAAGUCCAUCCUUAUAAACCUCCUGUCCAUAAACCUUGGGUUUCUCUUGGCAGCGAAAAGGAAGUUGAAGAGGAAUCCGUUAAAGAGACUGUUCCAAAGAUUAAGUACAUGAUUUCUCAAGCACGCAGGAGGUUUGGUGCACCAACUGAAUUUACCGAUAGGAAUGCCUCGUGCACAGUCGGCAGUUAUGUUGAAUGCGCAUCCUAUCAAGACAAAACUUUUAGUAUCGAAAUGCUUGAAAAAGAUAUGGGUGUACAAAUGGUUCCAAAAAUAACAGAAGCUAGUACUCAGACAAGAUGGACCUAUCCAAAAAAUGCAUCCACACAGUAUUUUCCUAGGCAGUUGUCAAAUGAAGAGAAAGAAAGUCUGCCAUCUAAGAAGCUGAAGGAAUUUCUUACAUCAGUGCAUUUAAGAAUGGAAAUGGCAUUGCAGCAAAACGAAAUUAUGAAUGCUUUUUUUGAUGACUGGAAGGCCCUAGCUGAAGAUGAAAGCAAUUCUGGUGGCAAGCCAAAUAUUUAUCUUAAAGCAUACCAAUCAUUUACAGAUCCUAAGAACAGAACUAUUAGCUGUGUUUGCUGGCAUCCAACCAUUUAUGGGAUUAUAGCAGUGUCACCAAGAGAGCAGCUUUCUUAUGAAGAACAAGUUAGCGUGUCUGAUAAACCACUGCUGCCACAGUCAGUAAUAGUUCUUUGGAGUUUUUCUGACCCUAUGCACCCUCAGUUAAUGUUGGAAUGUCCUGAAGAUAUUUACUGCUUUCAGUUCAGUCUAAGUGAUCCAAAUAUUAUUGCUGGUGGAUGCAUCAAUGGGCAGGUUGUGCUGUGGGAUAUUUCUGAACAUGAAGAAAAGCUGCAAAAUGCAAAAACUGUUGCUGAUGACAUCGAGGUAACAGCUGUUAAUAGGCCGUCCCUUGCGCAAGUCGAGCAGAGUAGCACAGAGCUGCCUCUAGUGAGAUACUGUGCACUUUCUUCCAGACAGCACAGUCAUACAAAAACAGUAACUGAUAUGCAUUGUCUGCCAGAUUAUUUUCAGGGCAUCCGAACGAGUGGUGCUCUUGAAAACAAAGCUCAGACUUGUGUGCAGCUUGUAACCUGCUCCUCUGAUUGCUCAGUAUUAUUUUGGGAAAUUCCAGCCAUAGAACUUCAUCGACAACCUUCAUCUGAGAAAAUAAGAGUGCAGGAAAAUUUUUAUAUGCCCUCUGGUAUUCCAGAUACUUCUAAGCAUCUAGAUCUCUGCUGGAAACCUCUCAUGAAGAUAAACUUGUGUGACAGUGGUAUUGACACAGUGUACGGGACCACCAGAAUUAGUUUAAGGGAACUGCAUUGCCAUUACAAAACCUCAGACAGACCAGAGAAGAACACUUCAAGCAGUAACCUGGAAGUGCUAGAAAGUAUCUCAACCAUUUUUUUGGUGGGAACUGAAGAUGGAGACAUUUUUUAUUCUGACUGGAAAGGGGAAAUCAAUAGUGACUCAGCAAAACCAGUUAGUCAGAAGCACAAUCAGACAUACACCAUCCACACUGAACCAAUCAACACUCUCCAGGAAUCUCCGUUUUUCAAAAACAUCUUUCUAAGCAUUGGAGGACGGAAUUUUGCCAUUUGGAAAGAAGGGGUUACAGCUGGACCAAUCCUUCAGUCACGUUGCUCUGCAGGAAGAAACACUUCAGGACACUGGUCCUUAACAAGACCAGGAGUUUUCUUCAUUGGCAGAGAUGAUGGAAAUAUACAGACUUGGGACUUAAUGAAUAAAAUAUAUGAGCCAUCUCAUGUCCAGAACGUCUCCAACUCAGUGAUCACUUUCAUCAGACCCUGGAUUGCCUCACGAAUGCAGCAUUUUUUAGCUGUUUCUGAUGAUCUUGGAGUAUUGCAUGUUUUGGAACUCAGUCACACACUAAGCUACCCUUUGAGGAAUGAGCGUGCCAAUGUACUUGAUUAUUUUGAAAGAGAAGUCAAGUAUCUGAAGUCCUGCGAACAAGAAUUUCAAGAUUAUUAUGAGUUUCAACCCAAAGUAGAACUGAAAUGCAGCUGGAGGCAGAGAGGGAGAAAACACUGCUCACUCAGAAAGUUACUUGUUCGCAAGUUCCCUACAAAAAUGGCUCCUUCAGGAAAGGAGAGACUCCAGCCUUCCUUUCCUUAUUCACAGAAAGAUUUUUACUGUCCAUUCUUUGAGUAUGACUACUCUACAGAAAAUAAAGAAGAGAUGGAAGGACAAGAAAAUGCAGAUUAUACUGUGUUUCUGGACGUGGAGAAGCAGAUACUAACAGAUUUAGGACCAGUAAAGGGACAUGAAAUACUCUCUUCAUCAGAUGCUUAG